UAACUGCCCAGUUCUACACUUGAUGAGCGUUCCAGAUACUAAUGGAAAAAGCGAAAGAACACUGACCAUGGGACACCGUGAACAAACGUAAAAAUAAUCCUCCACAGCACACCGACACAUGCACAUUAUAGUGGUAUCGGUUCUGGACGAAGAACCGUUGGCAUAGGCAUUUGACGAGGGGGUGGCUCUGGACGCAGGAAAUUUAAUUAGUGUAUAGUCGCUGAGAUACACCGCUGCCAGGGGACAGUUCCAGGCGACCGUUCAUUGGAAGUCUACACGGACCGGGACAUUUAGUUCUUAUCGGUACAGCACUGCAAGUAGCAGGAAUUCUCGCGAAUACGGUGCGACACACUUCAUUGUGAACCUAGAACCAUCAUCCCGUCCAUUGUCAAUUGCAGCUGCACUCCAUUGCUAUUGAUCAGUGAUAAUCGGUGUGCAAAUUGGUGUCGUGCUAGCAGGCGUUGGGUAUUGAUUGGUUUUCAAUUCUGUGCAAUUUGGUACCGAGUCUUCCAUCAUGCCGCCAAAAGACGACCCGGAGGUAGCGGCCUUGAAGAAGGAGAUCAAUGAUAUGAUUGCCAAAUUUCAGGAGGAACAGAAAAAGGUGGCAGAUUGUACACUGUUUGAGAAGUGCGGCGAUCUGGGCGACGUCCCAAAGGUGCGCAUCUCGACGAAAAAGUUUCUCAAGGGUCACAUCAACAAGGUAAACUCGGUACAUUAUGCCGGCGAUUCACGACACUGCGUUACUGGUUCGCUGGACGGUAAGCUGAUCAUCUGGGACACCUGGACGGGCAACAAGGUGCAGGUGAUUCCGCUGCGUUCGGCAUGGGUCAUGAGUGUGGCGUAUGCCGACUCGGGUAACUUCGUUGCAUGUGGCGGCAUGGACAACAUGUGCACCGUGUACGAUCUGAACAAUCGCGACGCGCAAGGUAAUGCGAAGAUCGUGCGCGAAUUGAUGGGUUACGAAGGUUUCCUGAGCUCUUGCCGCUUUCUGGACGAUACACACAUUCUGACCGGAUCGGGCGAUAUGAAAAUCUGCAUCUGGGAUCUUCAAGUGGGUAAGAAAACGUCCGAGUUCGACGCCCAUGCCGGUGAUGUCGUGUCGAUCUCGAUGAGCCCGGACAAGAACACGUACGUCACCGGUUCGGUCGAUCGCACGUGCAAGCUGUGGGACGUGAGGGAAAACACACCGAAGCAGACCUUCUACGGCCACGACGCGGAUGUGAACAGCGUAUGCUAUCAUCCGAGUGGAUUUGGGUUCGCUACCGGGUCGGAGGAUAAGACGGCACGCUUGUUCGACUUCCGCUCCGAUCAGCAGAUUGGCCAUUACGAACCACCAAACAAGAACAGUGGAUUCACAUCCUGUGCUUUGUCCCUGAGCGGCCGUUACAUUCUGUGCGGAUCGGACGAUAACAAUAUUCACAUCUGGGACAGCAUGAAGGGACAACACAACGGUACACUGAGUGGUCACGAAAAUCGUAUCACAUCGAUCAGCAUGGCGCCGAACGGUAUGGCAUUGGCAUCCUGCAGCUGGGAUCAACAUGUUCGUAUCUGGGUCUAAAUGGUAGGGGAGUAUAGCUCUGAAUGGCAAACAGAGUUUUGCGACUAAAAUUACGUUAUCCCGUAAGCCGAGGAUGAGGUCCCAUAGUAUUUUUUGCAAAGAUCCUACACGCAAUAUCAACGCUACGUUCGAACUUGGGCAGAGAGUUCCUUUACACUAUUCAAACCGUUUCUGUAAGAAGCAACCAAAUACAUAGUUUGCUCCACAAUAUAAAUAUGUAUAUACGAAUAAUCUCUCU